UUACUCAUUCAAAAACAAGAGAGAAUGCUUCUUCUUUUAGCUGGAAAAAAAAAGCAGUAGUUUAAACAGACAAGCUGGUGAUUAUGUUAUAUAUCUCUAGAAAUACAAGUCUGAGAGAAUCACUUGUCAUCUGUUGAAUUGAGUCAAGGAUUUCUCGUCUCCAAGGUUAUAGAUUGAUUAGUGUUGUAAACUGAGAUAGUACGUAGUAAAUGAGAUCUUGCGGAAGCAUUGAAACUCCUUACUAGUUUCUUACUUAUAGCCAUUCUGGUCUGAGAAGUUAGCGACGCUGAAGCCAACUCAAACAAACAGAAGUAGUGCUUUCCUGAGUGUCUCUAAAUCAUGUUUCCAUCUCUGCGGCCUUAUUACGUUCUGUUGGCAUUCAGUUGAAUGUGAAUUGAGGUUUAAGAAGAUAGGACUUCCAAGUUUCCCUCGAUGUUGAAAUGGCUGUUGCUUACACGUUUGCCUGUAAAUUAUAAUUGACAUUCCAGAUAUUUAUUGAAAAUGGAGAUCAAGGAAUCAGAGAGGGUGGUUAUAGCUAAACCAGUAGCUUCCAGGCCUAGUUACUCAAAUUUUACGUCUUUCUCAGAGUUGCUUGCGGGUGCCAUCAAUACCACACCCUCUAAUGUUUGUUCUGGAACAGCAGUUGCUGCCAUUAGACCAAAAACAGUGAGGUUCAGGCCACUGGUGAAUCGUGCUCCAGGUGCACUGGUUUCUUCACAGGCUGGACUCUCUGGAACAGCAGUUAGCAAUUCGUUUAAUAAAGCUUCAAGUACUGAUAGCAAAGCCACUAUCAUAUAUAAACCACAGGCAAAGCUUGUGUCAAAGGCAACUGUUUCUCUACUGGCGAAUAUGGGAAACUUCAAUACUAAUUCACAACAAAUGUUACAACCAGUUGAGACUCGUCCUCAGCUUUCAAAACAAGAUAAACACAAUUUCUCAUCCCAGCUUACCUCAAAUCCUCAUCAGAAUAUUCCAUCCCCUGCAGAAGCAGACCACACAACUGAACCCUUAAGGUUAACAUCUCUGAACCAGGAGGAGGAUCCUAAAACUUUAUCUCAUGCAUCUAAUGGGGACCGACCUUCAUAUGAUGGUUAUAAUUGGAGGAAAUAUGGACAAAAGCAAGUAAAAGGAAGUGAAUAUCCACGGAGCUACUACAAGUGCACCUAUCCAAACUGUCCAGUGAAAAAGAAGGUCGAAAGAUCAUUUGACGGGCAGAUUGCAGAAAUUGUCUACAAAGGGGAACACAACCAUUCAAAGCCUCAGCCUCCAAAGCGCAACUCAUCAGGAACACAAGGACUAUCUGAUGGCAAUGCUACAGAUAGGAACAGCAUCCCAUUAUGGAGUAAUCAACUCAAUGAAAGAAAUGAAGGCUCUGAAGGUAGAGAAGAAAAUCAGAAUGAAAUUGGAUUACCAGUGCAUUCAAUUUAUCAGGGUAAAGCUCCACCAUCUUAUGAUCCUGCUGGAACCGGCACAAUUAAUGCUGGUACGGGAACUUCUGAUAACUCAUGUGGUGUCAGCGGGGAAUGUGAUGAUGGAAGCAAGGGAUUGGAGGGAGCCAAUGAUGAACCUAAAAGUAAAAGAAGGAAAACUGAGAUACAAUCCACUGAAGGUGGCAUGUCAGGGGAGGGAGUACAAGAGCCCCGUGUAGUGGUGCAAAGUUCCACAGAUUCUGAGAUUUUGGGGGAUGGUUUUCGAUGGAGAAAAUAUGGGCAGAAGAUUGUGAAGGGGAAUCCAUAUCCCAGGAGUUACUAUAGAUGUACCAGUAUCAAAUGCAAUGUUCGCAAGCAUGUGGAAAGAGUAUCAGAUGAUCCAAGAGCUUUUAUUACAACAUAUGAAGGAAAACAUAACCAUGAGAUCCCUCUGAAGAGCACAAACCUAGCAGCCUUUGAACCUGAUUCACAGGCACCUACUACUAGAGUCAAGCAGUGAUCUCAGCCAUGGAAGGAUUUGAUAUCGAACUUGAUGCUUUCUCUGGCCCAGAUAUCAGAAGAGUAUGAGGGCUCCGGAAAAGCUAAAUAACAUGACAAUCAAAAACAAAAACAAAGCUGUUUCAGUUACGGAGGCUUCUUCAUGAUGUCAGUCUUGUGCUGGUAAUGAGAAUUAUCGAAACAGGCUGUGUCGUUUUCAUUUCAUCUUUUCUCUUUGCUGCCGAUCAUAAGCUUAUGAAUACAUUCCCCCCCUCUCUUUCAGUUAUUGCCUUGGCUAUUCCAUUGUGUACAACUUUCCGGAAAGAAGUUUAUAACAAUUUUCAGGCACAUAAAUAUUUCGAUACUUGAAUAAAUAGUACUUUCUCAGUA